AUGUCAUCUGACGAAGCUUUCGUAUCUACUGCCGAUGCCAACGUCCCUGAGACUAACCUCAAUGUCGCUGCCGAGGACCGAGCAGCCGAGGAGAGUGAGGCUACUGGCAGAAUUUCCAAAGAGGAAGUUGAGGGUCUCAAAGACACUAUUGGUGGUGGAGAAGUGCUCGACGAUUCCGAAGGUUACACCCGAUCAUCCAACAAGGACGUUUCGGCUCUCAAGCAAGAAGAUGAAGUAGAUGCCGCUGUCGCCGAUCUAGAGUAA